AUGCAAGCUCAUGAGCUCAGAGCCCAGUAUCUACCCAACCGCGGACAGCAUGAACAGAGGCCCCUCGUUGAUUCCGGCACUCGUUCCCAGGCUUCAGCUGCGAUCACGGUGAUAAACUGGAACUGCGGAGGGUUCUCGACCUUAAAGGACGAGUUCUACACGUGGUUGCGCGGUUGUGAUUGCGAUGUUGUCUGCCUCCAAGAGACAUGGAUGAAGGAGUGUUCGGAGUUCUUUGCGGGGGACUGGCUUUGCGUUCAGAGCGGCAUGAACGCUACGAGCUCGCGGGCGCAGGCUGGGGUUAUGAUCAUGCUGAGACGGUCGGUCUUUGAUAAUGGUUCGGUGCGCUACUCCCACGUGAUGGAAGGACGACUUCUCCACGUACGGGCACAACAUAAGCAUGGAUGGGUGGACGUGGUAGGUGCCUAUCUGCAUGCAUGGGGUGGCUGGAGCAAUGAAGCGGACAUCUUAGCCAAACGAUCGAAGGUGUGGGCAGCGCUCCGCCAAACCUUGGGGCAGCUACCCCGAGGCAAUCAACUUGUGGUAUGUGGAGAUUUUAAUACCGUGGUGCAGCCUAAAGCCCCGUUCUUUGGCACAGGUAUGAGUUCGAACAACCCGACCCCGUCGGCGGAUGCACAGGACUUCGAGGCCAUCCUUCACGACUUCGGCUUGCAGGCAGUGAACACCUUCGGUAAGCAGGGCAGCUACACACACAUACUUGAACAUCACUCGCAGAAAACCCGCUCCUUCCUGGACUACGUGCUGGUGCGACGCAAAGGUCCUACGCUCAGCUCAUCGGCGCGUAUGCUCGUGACCUUUCCGGUGGCUCGCUGGAGAGGUGGUGGCAGGCAUCUACCCGUGCUUGUAACAGUGCGUUUCCGCCGAUUCCAAUUCGCUCGGCCGCGACCCCAGCCCGCUUGGCCGCAGUGGAAGUGUAAGCUCCUAGCCGACAGGAUCGCAGCAGAUGGGCCAGAUGUUCAGGACUUCAAGGCACAAGUCUCCAGGGAGCUCCAAGCUAUGCAUGACUUCUGCCCUGAUCGUGUGAAUCAAGUUCUCAUGAAGGCGAGCAGGGAUCAUUUCCACAUUGUGAGACCGAGUGGGCUACACCCACCAUGGCAAGAUGCACAGCAUGAAGGGUCCAUCAGGGAAAUGUGGUUGCAGUACAGGUUGGCCCGACAACAAUUUCAGAAAUGUGCUUCAGGUCUUCGAGCUUGCUUUCGGGCUUGGCGGUGCAGAGCCCGGUUUCACCAGCUGCACCAAAUCGUACGUCGUAACAGCCGGCUCCUUCGCAGACAUCGCUUUGAUGAACUUCUACGGCAUGCGGAGGCACAGGAUCACCAUGGACGUAUCGAUCAUCUCUUCUUUCUGCUGCGCAGGCACGUGCCCAAGCAACCGAAGGCCAGAGCUCAGCUCCGUUCGAGUACGGGGGCGAUUCUUAUGCCUCAGGCCGAAGUCCAGGCACUCGCAUCGUACUGGAAAGAGGUCACAACGGCCGAAGACCCAGUGCAGGCACCGUCUGCCACGACGUUUGACCUCGAAAUGGAUGCUGUGCAACAGGCCCUUGCAAGCCUGCCAUCGAACAAAGCUGCACCGGCACAUUACGCACCUCAUGCACUUUGGAGCUGUGUCGCAGAGCCGGUGUCGCAGGUCCUGGAACGAGGACUUCUUCAGGAAUGGCGCUCUAACGGCGCUCACAUACCCACUGCCUGGGCCGAUGCCUGGCUCACCUUUCUGCAGAAGGCCAACAAGGCGGGGAACAAAUCGGAGCACCUCCGGCCGAUUGCUUUACUUGACCCGGUCGGUAAGGCGGUAUCGGGACUACUCCGAAAGCAGCUCGACACCUACAUCUUGCCCCACAUGGAAGCUCGUCAUCAAUAUGGCUUUCUACCUGGUAGAUCGGUGCAACAAGCUCUUGGACACGCCUUUAUCCACUGCAAGUCUGUGCGCUCGCUCAGCCAGGCACAGAACAGAUCCCUCUACGACAAGUUUGCCGGUCACCAGGCAAAGGGAUGUGCUGGCGGCAUGCUGCUGAGCAUCGACCUGACGCAGGCCUUCGACAGAGUGGGCCGGGACCUCCUGGAGCAGGCUCUGAUUCACAUUGGUGCACGGAAAUUGGUAGAGGUGCUGGUGCCAGGAUUGGGGGCAGGCAAUGUUCAGCUUGCAGUGGAUCAGUUGGUCAAAUGGCAUAAGGAGGGCGCGAGCUCAGUGUUGCGUGCCAAGAGAAUUGCAAGAGCAGGUUUGUCGGAGAGCUUGGUGGGGCAGCAUACCGUCCCUGCAUCCACGAUUUCAGAGGCAUACGAUAAACUUGCACAUAGCAAUCCUCUCUCGCUUUUGCCUGCGAUCGAAAGGGCCAGAAAGGCAAGGGAGAACAGCGUGGAUCCAUCAAAGAGGGCGGCUGAGGAAAGGGCUGCUAAAGCCAAGUAUGCCACUCUCUUGUACAGCUUCUUGGUUGAGGCGAGGGCACCAAUAGUGGACAUCUUGAAGGAAGUCACCGAUUCUGAAGAGGCAUGUGUGCGCAUCUUUGGAACACGAAGGUCAAAGACUUUGAGGAAUCGCUUUCACUCGUGGGGCAAGUUCGCGAGAUGGCUGGAGACUUCGAAGGGCCGCGUCUGGCCUGCCGGGCUGCAGGAUCUCUUGGAUUAUGCUACUGAAGCUGUGAAGGAGGGCGCUGGUAAGACGACCAUAGAUUCUUUUUCAGCGGCACUUUCUGUUCUGGAACAGGUCGGACGUUUCGGGGAAGGUGAUAUGCUGUCAAGAGAUCCAACGUGGAUUUCGUACAGUAAGAAUGUUACUGCAGAGCUGGUGGAGAAGGGGCCGAUGUUGCACCAGGCGGCCCAGCCUACAGUAGCGAUGGCGCUUUCACUCGAGCUUUACGUGUUUGACGAAGAUAGAGCAAGAUAUGCAAGGGCAUUGGCUUUUGUUGCACUUCUGAUGCUAUGGGGGAGUAUGAGGUCCGAUGACGUUCAGUGCAUGAGGCCAGAGAGCAUGCGACUCACUAUAGAAGGACUGUCUUGCAAACUUUGGAAGACAAAGACGACGGGCCCAGAUCGAAGGAUCAACAUGGUGCAGGUCUUCAUAUCCCGCAAGGCCAGUCUCUCUGGUUUGGAUUGGCUGGCAAAGGGGCAUGAGAUUUGGUCAGAGAUCAAAGACAAAAGGGAUUUCUUGGUUUUGCAAGCUUCAGAGGAUUGGGAAACCUGCGGCAACAAAGGGGUCGAUGCCCCUGCAGUGUCACUCUAUGUGCGAAAGAUUUACAAGGAGCUUUGUGUUCCGCGCUGGGUCGAGGGCCGCUGGAUACAGAACAAGGAGCGUCUGUUACUUCCGGGGGAUUGUGCGCUGCAUUUCUCUGGACAUUCAGCGAGGAACUUUCUUACUUCGAUCGCUGCAGCCAUCAGGGUUCCUAAGGAUGACAGGGACUUUCUUGGACGCUGGAAGGUCGGUGGAGGUGGCUCUGCUGACUACACAAGAACAGCUCGGCAAAUAGUGCAUCGCAUCCAGGAGCAGGUUGCAGAGACUGUCUUGCUUGGGAGAGAGCGGGGCUACGUGGAGGCUGAUGCUUUGGAUGCGUUGCAAAGUUUCGCAGAAGAGCGAGGCGAGAUUGGUGCCGUGGUCAGGGCAAGGCAUGAGCUUGUUAGAGCAAACAAAGUUGGGGGAAACCCCCGACUUGGCGGGCGCUACCCGCCCCUCUACAUGCAGAGCAUCCCCGGACCUCAUGUGAUCACUGAGGAGGCAGCGGAGGACCAGCCGGAAACCGCCGCUGCACCGAAAGGGGAGGCUAAGUACUUUAUCAGUGUAAGUAAGAAGACAGGAUUCCGCAGACUGCAUGUGAAUCACGCGUGCUAUGUAAAGCCCUUCAAGUGUCAGGAUGUCGUAUACCUUGAUCAGGUUGCUGCCACGGAUUUCGAUGCAAUUUGUAAGGAUUGCAAGCUCAGAAUCAGGUCGAUGGCCGAUGACAACAAGGCCGAAGACAGUAGCUCAGGGGAGGCAACCACUUCCUCGAGCGAUGAAGGACUCCUUUAA